GAAUUCCAACGGACAGAACAGUGCCGUCGGUUGUGCGAGGCGGGUCUCUCGAGACGCGCUGCAUAUACACGUAUAUACGGAGUGAAGGAAACGUCGCCGCCGCCGCCGCAGCCGGCGAACGCGCACAUCGGAGCGGAGCGUACGACUGUGUUUACCUGCUCGGCUACGGCAACCUGUUCGAAUCGACGGCGCGUCGUCGCAGUCGAUGAAAGGACGCAAUCGACGCCGGGCCUGAUGCUCGACGCACGGCAUCGUGAUACAACUUGUUGUUUGUGAUACGCGCAGAGCUCUCUCCGCACGGCAGUCAGGAGAGCAAACGGGACGACAUCGAGACUCUGACCUCGCCGAGGCCCCCGGCCUCGCUCCAGCUGCAGACGCAAGGUACUUAUUGCUCUAGCCGAUGUGGAGAACGCGCCACGCUAACAUGUGACUCGUCGAGCCCGGCUGCUGGUCUUCUUUUUUCUUUCGGCCUUUCGUUUGAUUUUCAAAAUUCCCGGUGACGCAGAUAAAAACAGAUAUGAAAAGUACGAUGCCGUGCGAGCGCAGCAGCGAUUCGUCGUCCAACCGGUGCGCCAGCACAUCGGCAGUCUGCACGCCUCGGACUCUGAGCAGUUCAGCCGAUCGUUCAUGAGAAAUGUAGAACGCGCUGUAGCUUCUUGUUUACUAUUUUCAGUUGCGUUAUUGUUUCGGUUAUCGAAUAAUCCAGCGGCUAUCGUGGCAGCCUGUGAUUGUGUGCGCGAGUGACUUGCAUUGACAAACGAACAAGCGAGUGGACAAUUCUUGCGCGGAGAAUCGAGCAAGAUAGAGACAUUUCCACUAUGAGUGAGAUAACAAGCAUCGUCGAGCAACAGCAGCAGCAGCAGCAGCAGCAGCAGCAGCAACAGCAGCAACAGCAGCAACAGCAGCAGUAUGUGGCUGGAGGGGUCGGCGGGGCAUCGAGCGACAAGUCGUCGCUGCACUGCAAAGACUGCCGCAUGAACUUCGACAGCAGCAGCAGCCUCGAGGUGCACCUGCGCUACCAUCACCAAGAGAACCUCAUGAGCCAGUGGGCCAGUCAGGCCAGCCAGGAGGAGAGCAACAACAACAACAGCAAGGCCGGUAACCACAACAGCGGCCCGGCCGCUGGCCCGCCAGUGCAGCACGUGCAGAGCGCUCCGAUCGUCAAGCGGGAGAGCAUCACGGCUCCGGCCGACUCGAGCGAGUCCUCCUCGAGGCCGCCCUCCGAGGGUCCGACCUCCAGUUCCGUCAGACUGCAACAGCAACAGCAGCAUCACCUCCACCAGGAGCAGCAACAGUUCAACCACCACUUCAACACGCCGAUGUUCAGCGACACGCAGUACUUCAUGCAUAACGAGACGCCGUACAUCCUGCCGUCCCAGCAGCAGCAACAACACCAUUACUCGCCGGACCGGCCUGACGAGGCCGAUCCAUCGCAGCGAGGCGCGGGCAGCUACGCCAGGUACCACCCGUACCAGCACACGCAGCACUUUGCUUCACCGGCGCCGGUCGAGCGCGUCAACUCGGUCAGCUCGACAAGUCCAAGGAGCCCGCUGCAGUGCGACAAGUGCGGCGCCGUCUACGAGGAUGCCGGCCAGCUGGCGGAGCACGUGCGCGCCAGCCAUCCCGGCUCGCCGGCCGCUUACGCGCCGCCGCCGCCGCCGGCUCAGUCGCAGCAGCAGCCGCCGCAGCAGUAUCAACAGUUGGCAGCCAGCAGCCCGCAGCAGCAGGUUACGCAAUCGCAGCAGAGCCAGGCGCAGACGCAGCAGCAACCGAUGCACGCCUCGCCCCCACACGGUCAGCCUAAUCAGCACCCCUCGCAGUCGGCUGGAUACGAUUUCACUGGCGGAGUCAUCAAGUCCGAGGCCAAGCAGGAGCCCGAGGAGCAGGCCGAGAUUCUCGACCUCGAUUCUCACAAAGUUCAAACGCACAGAUACGAAGAGGAGUUCAUGAGGUUCCAGCACCAGGAGAUGCACAUGCAGAUGCAGCAUCAGGUGAUACAGCAGCAGCACGGGCCACGCGGCGCCACGCACUCGGUCAGCUCGAUGCUGAGCUGGCCGCCGCCGGCGUCGCAGCCCCACGACUACCACUCGGGCCUGUCGCCGAUGGGCCCCAUGGAUAGCGUCUCGCCCCUUCAGGAGCAGCAGAACCAGUUCAUGCGUGGUCAGGCGCCACCGCAGCCGCAGCAGCACAUGCCACCGGUCGAGCCGCCCCGGCACCCCGGCUCGCCCAUAAUCACGAGCACGCAACCCAUGCCCGGCCACCCCAUGCCCACGGGCCUUAUGCAACAGAAUCCGAAACCGCCGCCGCUCGGCAACCAGUCCUGGAAGAGCAAUGAGGCGCGCAGGCCGAAGACCUACAACUGCACGGCGUGCAACAAGUGGUUCACCAGCUCGGGCCACCUCAAGAGGCACUACAACACGACGCUCCACAAGAACGCAGUCAAGCAGAGCAACCAGCCCGAUCCGGCGAAUAUGCCCAUCAGCGCGCACCACCAUCCCGGUCGGGAUAACAACUCCCGGGGGGCCGGCGCCGCAGCCAGCCGCCACUCACCAGAACUCUCCUCAUCAAGCAGUCCCCCAAACUUGAUGGCAGGUCCCUCGGGCGAGGCAACGAGGGGCCUGCUCCACACGCCCACCACCAGCAGCAGCACCACCAACACGGCCAUCUUCAGCAGCAACAACAGCAGUUCGAGCAACAGCAGCGAGGCUACGGCGGUCCAGACAGCACUGGGCCAGAAGGCGCUGGAACAGCAGCAGCAGCACCUCCACCACCAACAGCAGCAGCAGCAGCAACACCACCCGUCUUCAACGGUCAUGCUGGCCUCCAAUCUAAUGUAUCUCGGUUCUCCGGCAUCCUCUCCGAUGGCCCAGGUCCAGCAGCAUCAUCAUCAGCAAAUGGGUUCGCCAUCCCCCCAGCUAGGCCAGCAGCAGCAGCACCUCCACCACCACCAUCAACAACAGCAGCAGCAGCAGCAGGCUCGCAACCUGCCAAUGGCUUCGCCCUCGCAAAUCGCGGGAUCGGCGCACCAUCCCAUGAAUUCGCCCAUGUCGCCCAUGCAGCAGCACCCGGGCCACAUGAAUUCGCCUUCGCCAAUGGCUUCGCACCACCACCACCACAUGAACUCGCCUUCGCCCAUAAUGGCGGGAGUGGUCCCAUCGGCGAUGGCUUCGCCGCCACCGCCGGGUCCCAUGAUGGGGGGUACUUCGAUGCCUCAUCAGCCGUACCCAAACGCCUUGCCCCCCCACGUUACAACUAUUACCAGCAUCCCGGGCCUGCUGGAGUCUAUUACCAACCAGCUAACAACUACUGGUAACCCCGACAUGCACACUAUGUCGACGACUCCGCAGCAGCAACAGCACCAGGAGAUGCUUCCCAGUUUUGGCACCUUCAGCAACCACCAACAGCAGCAGCAGCAGCCGCAGCAGAAACCGUUGCCGGGCUUCACGCAGUUCGGCAGCAUCGCCAACGGGUUCAUAGUAGGCCAGAGCCAAAUGCAGGCCGUUAACGUGGGGGGGCUUAGUCCCGAGGAGAACGCACCUCCUCAAGAGAGAUCGUUCGAGUCACCGACCUCGAGCUACGACGUGUACGGCAGGGGUUCGCCACCCCGAUACGAGUGCCUCGGCGGCAUGGAGAUGAUGCAGACCACCAUCGACGGGCCCAUCAUCGUCAACUCGUACUCGGAGCUCCAAGGCCAUCAGCCGCAGCAGCAACAACAGGAGACGAACAACAACCUGCCACAGAUGACACCUAAGGAGGAGCUCAAUCCCAACAUCGUUAGUAAGGCUAAGGGUGGCAAGGGAAGGAGCCGCAAGCUCGCGACGAAGGAGCAGCAGGUAACCAGCACAAACACCAACGGCUCGCACUACAUAUCGGAGAACGGACUGCACAAGUGCAUCGAGUGCGACAAGGUGUUCAACAAGGCCUGCUACCUGACCCAGCACAACAAAAGCUUCCACUCGGGCGACAAGCCCUUCAAGUGCAACAUGUGCGGCAAGCGCUUUCCCCACGAGUACCUGCACGCCGAGCACCUGCAGAAGCACGCCGGCGACAAGCCCUACAAGUGCGAGAUCUGCCCGAAACAGUUCAACCACAAGACCGACCUCAGGCGGCACAUGUGCCUCCACACCGGCGAAAAGCCGUACGCCUGUGAUAAAUGCGGCAAGGGCUUCAUACGCAAGGACCACAUGAUGAAGCACCUCGAGACGCACAAGAAAAAGUCCAACAACCAUCACAAGGUCCACUUGAGGGCGUGAGGACGCGAGAGGCGAGGCGGACCGAGAUCAGCGAGAUACAGAGGGUAAUUUUUGCUUAACAAAGGCGGACGCUCUAAACUGUACCACUCGCGGUACCACUCGCGUUCUCGCGCGCACACACACACAAACACACACACACCUACACGUUCACGCGAACGAAUAUAAAAGAGCAAGGCUGCGUCCACGCAGAGACGGUGGGCCGGUAGCGUUUUACCUAUACACAGGUGUACCUUAUACAUAUACACACAAUCGGUACGCCGAAUUGUGCCUGUGUGGACGCAGCCUAGGCGAACAGAUAUUCGGAAAUAUUGUUUAUAGAAGGGAACUACAUAGGCGACUUCCCGCGACAAAUGGCCCACUUAGCGGGUGCGCUUUUACACGCUGUCCGAUGCGCGGUACUCGGGGUCGAUCGGAGGCUUGAACUCUCUCUCUCUCUCUCUCUCUCUCUCUCUCUCUCUCUCUCUCUCUCUUUAUUUUGCGUCUACCACAUUAGGGCUCGCUCGACUCGGUGGACCGCGCCUUAUUAUAUGUAGGGGACAUGCGCAAGAGUGUGUGCCAUAGAUGCCAUAGAAAUAAGAUUAUAAGCGGUAUGAGAGAAGCAACAAAAAAAUUAUACACAGAUAAAAACUUCGAAGCUUAUGAAUUGUACAAAAUACGUUAAAUAUAUGAUAAAAGUACGUAUAAAUAUAGAUAUAAAUAUAUAUGAUGACGAUGAUGAUGAUUGUAAUUGUUAAAGUAACGCCUAGACGAGACAGUCAAAUCGCCAAAGUAACUUUUUUUAAAUAUAAAGAUUGCAUAACUCCGGAGCCAAUUCGAAAAAACUGGCCGGUUCGAUCAUUGUUUCGCCUAUUUUUGUAAAAUAAAAAUAAAAAUCUUUUAAAAUUAUUUUCUUGCUUGCAAAAUCACAAUUUUUAUUUCUCUAAAAACGCAACCCAACCUGUUGUUAACUUUAACGACCCUUCCUUCUAUCGCCCUCAGUUUAGAUUUUCAAAAGGUUAACUUGGCGACAGCUGCGUACACGCGCGCGCGCGCACACACACACGCAUGGGCGAGAACUGUGCGAAGAAAAGAUUAAGUUAAUUUUGGUCUAGUUGUCACUCUGAAAUCUAAUAAUUGCAUACUUUGUGCGCGUAUGUGUAGAUUACAUCGGAAUAUAAAAGUGAAAUUAUGUCGUCUGGCAGUCUAAUGAAAAACUGUUAAUUAUAUAUACAUUCGGUGUGUGAACAAUUAUAAGGUAGCCAAUCGCUGAUCGACGAAUCGAUUGUUUAAAUUAAAUUGUACAAAGUCCCAUAUAGCGAACGCGAGCUACAUAGAGCACUGUCACGAAAGAAGUAAGAAAAGAGUCAUUUGUGAUAAAAAAAAAGAAAAGAAAUAUGUCGAUCGAAGCUCAGAAAAUGCUGCAUUCCUAAACAUUCCAGAAAAGAAGUUUUACAUAUAAAAGAAGAUAUAAUGCUAAAUACGUCUCCUUUUUUAUUUUUUCUCUCGUUGUAUAAACCUUCAAUUUUAAGCACGCACAAAAUAGAUGUCCUAAGUCAUUGACCGGAAAAUUGUGGCGUUUUUUUACAAAAGAAAAGUGACGUUACUUACUAAAAGGAUUAUUUUAGCCUUCAACGCACAUAACUGUUUUUUUUAAAUCAAUACGUGAUAAUUGUUUUUAUAUAUUAGAGAGAUUGUUGACGGAUGAUUUUUUUUAUAAAAUAAUAUUUUCCAUGUACCAAAAAACGCUGCGAAUUCUGUAUUUGCAAUUUAAAAAAAGAAAAAAAAAAGAAAAUUGAAAGAAAACGAGUGAAGCGUUGAUCUCGGCGUAAAGGAAUACUCUUUCGUACUUGUUUUUGUUGAUCGUUGUAUAAUUAUCGGUCGUUCUCUACCAAGUGUUCAUGCGUUUUUAGCUUACUUGUUAAUGUUCGAGCAUUGUUUCCUCCUCCCUUUUGACUAUUAUUAACAUAAUAUUCGUUUGUUAAAAGUAAUGUUCUUAAACAUAUAAUUCUUUGUUCGUUUUUUUCCAAAUUAUUCGUGUAUAGUAUAUCUGUCUGAUGAAAAAGAUCGGCUUGGCAUAUAAUCAGAUCACAUACUAAAAAUCGGGCUGUUUUUCGUAAGGUCUUUGAAAUCAAUUAGCUCUUAUAUUAUAUUAUAUUGAUGGAUUAAAAUAUUUCGAUGGAUCGAGGUCUGCCGUAUAUACAUAUACAUAUAAUAUUGUACAUAUAUGAUAGAUGAAUGCGAAGCGAAACACGUACACAUACACACACACACACACACACACACACCGGAUUUAAGUUUUUUUAUUGUAUUAAACGAUAACGAAUUAUAUAGCCUCUUGCCACUUUACUGCGUGUAGACGUAUAUAAUAUAGGAGAAGAAAAAAGUAAUAAACGCACCCAGAACAGACUACCUCAAGAGUUCAGGAAUUAUAAAACGACGAAUGAAAGGAAGGAGAAAGCUAAUAACACGAAUGAAAAAGCCAAUGCAAUAAUAAUAGUAAUAAUAAUAAUUAUAAUGAUAAUAGUAAUGACGAUAAUAGUAUUUGAGUCGGUCUCCAAUCUUUGUUAAACUUUCCGAAUCUUUUCGGUCGAGUCGAAAUUCGUUGUAAAGCGUCGAUCCGUUUCGAUAAAUCGGCGCGCAAAGGACCUUUAUAUGAAUACUUAAUAUGCAAUGGUGCAAAAGUAGCAGAGUUUCUACUGAUGAAAAUUGAAAAAUAAAAAGAUAAACUCGUAGCGCAGCGUGGAGAAAUUUUUUACAAAACAAACCUAGAGUGCGAUCGAAAUGAGCUGGACAGAAGAAGAGACGGAAAGAGAAGAUUAUAGAUCGACGUAAUGAUUAUAUAGUGAACAUAUCAAGCAGUAUUACCGUAUAUACUCAGUUUGUAUAAAAUAGGAAUUAUAUGAGGAAGAGGAGGAGAAAAAAGCAAGUAAUACGGCAUUGGGAGACAGAGGACUAUCAGUAGCAGAGAGCGAGACGAUCGGUAUAUCACUAGCGUAUUUCUACUCGAUCCAUAUCAUUGAUAGGCGUGAAAAGACGUUUUCUACAAAAUCUUUCUUAUCGUUUGUACGGUUGACGCGCAAGUUCAUAGGGUUGUAUAGGCCGCAUCGCGAUUGAAUCAUUCAUUGGGCAUUCCUUUCGAGUCGGCGGUGCAUCGCGGAUGAGUCCGCUGGGAUGUCGCGCUUGCUCGCCCGCUCGCUCGAGAGAAACAAAGGGAUCGCGAGAAAUUGGCGGCGAUCUUCGCUCCGCAGCGAAAUGGGCAUUCCCUCGAGAUUUCAUAGUGAGAUAUAUAUAUAUGUGUGUGUGUGUGUGUGUGUGUGUGAGUGUGAGUGUGUGUAUGUAUAGCGACUACGUUGAAUAAAUAGCACGUCGCCGGCGGAAAUUCCUUAAACUCGCACGCGCACAAAGAGCCUGCCAACGAUGCAGCAGCAGCAGCGAGCGAUUUCGAGGAACUUUCCUUUCACUCUCUCGCGGGCGAGCCCGCCGCGAUUGCGAGUCCUCUUACACAUUAUGCGCUCGCGCGACAAUCGCGGCGAGCCCGUGGACGCAUGCCGUCGGCUACUCGAAAUCGCUCCGCCCUGCCCUGCACAAGCGCCGGACUACGCCAUGUAGGCAUGUACCAGAGCACGCCAUUUUUGCACGCGGCAAUAACACGCGACCGAAAUCGAUCCUGCGCCAGCGGUAGAGCGAUGUGUGUCGAGCGCACGUGUAAUUACCGUACUUCCCCUUUUCUAUUCACUUGUGCCAUACGACUUGAGGAAGAGCGGAAGGAGAAAAAUAAGCGACGGAACGAUCAGAGACAGAUCAUACUAUUAUUAUGUUGUGAGGCGAUAGACGCAGCGGCGAUAUGUAAUAUGUACGUAUAACACUAAUUAUUUAACGUCACGUGGUUUCUGUUCCUGUAUAACGACGCCGGUCAAGAGCGCGAGAGGUUGAACGCAAAAGAUUGUGCGAGAGAAAGUGAAUGAGUGUCCAGCACUCUAUGACCGAUGCUGGAUGAAAGUAUAUUCGCGAACUGUAUUAUUUGAUGUGCGUUUAAUUUUGUUUUUAUAAAUAUAUUUUAUUUCUCAAACCUGA